UUUCUUCAACACCUUUAUCUGGAACGAUGUCGUUUAGCCGCCCAAAAUCAAGCCCUAAUUAUUCCAAUUCAAUUUUGUGUUUUUGUCAUCUCCAUGAGAAUUGAGUGAAAAUGGAAGCGAGAACCACUGCUUCCGCCUCCCAUUUGCUCCUCUAUUCGACUAACAAAUUCAGAAAACAACCCAACCCAUUCAGACCAAAAGCUUCAUCGUCUUCAGAAAAGAAGGAAAAGCUCGAAAUUAGAGUGUACACAAACAGGACUUGCAGAAAGCAGGGCUCUUUGGAUGCUCUGCAAGUUCUCUCCGGCAUUUCGCCGCCGUUUGUAACGGUGAACUCAUGCGGGUGCCUCGGGCGGUGCGGCGCCGGCCCCAAUAUCGUGAUCCUGCCGGGGGUGUGUUCGUGGGGCAUUGUGGGACCCAGCAAGGUCGCAAAUGUCAUGGCAAUUGUCUGCGGUGCUGACAAUGACGAUGGUGAAAGCAAGUGUUUGGAGGCGCUGGCGUUGAGGAAGAGAGGUGAAGAUGAGAUGGCUCAGGCUGAUUUUGCCCAGGCUUUUGAUUUGCUGUCGCAGGUGCAAAUUUUAACUUGUUAUGGAGUUGUGGGAAUGUGUGUUGGAAAAUUGGAAUCUUUGCUGAUAUGAAUGCUCAGAGUGGAAGUGGGAAGUGCUCAUAUUCGCGCAUAUCUGCAGGCUAUACAGCUCAGACCAUUUGGGGGUUUGCAUAUAAUGUACAAGGAAAGUUGAAACUCAACAACCUAUUCGACUCGCUGCAUUUGAAUAUCAUAGAAUUGUGUACUUUUAUCAGGUCAGCUGCUAGGUUGGCGAUGGGAGACUUAGAUGGAGAGCGUUUGAGGACGUUAAAGAGGCUUUGAUUAUUGCACCUCAUUAUCCUCAGGUAAGUCUUGCUUUGGAAUGUGGAAAAAUUCUGUCAUUCAUUUGGCUAUAUGAUUUUACUUAUUGAUAGCUUUUAGAAGCAUAUGUAAUAGCAGAAGAAAUUUGUCAACUUCAUUACUCCACUUUUCUGAGUGUUAAUUCAAUCUUCUACUCCCUCUAUUCCAUAGUAAUAGAGUCAUUUUGUCAUUUUGGUACGUUCCAUAAUAAUAGAGUCGUUUCCCUUUUUAGUAAAAGUCAACACAUUUUUCCACCCUACUUUACUCUCUUACUUUAUUCUCUCUUCA